CUGAACUUCAUCGCGUGAACCUUGAACGCGACCAAUCUCAUCGAUUUCACUUUUUCAAGAUAUCCUCUGGCCAUUCGACACUUUCAUAUUCGAUUUCUAACAUGAAUUCUAAAGAUUCAAAUAUGGCAGGACCUUCGUCUGUUGCCAUCAAGAAAAGGCAGCCGAAUCCUGGCCAAGGAUCUGGACACUUCUUGAAGGUCUGUUUGUUGAUAUUGGUUCCCGAUUUCCUAAUCGAUAGGUUAGAUGAAUUCGGAAUUUUUGCUACUCCCAAAGCCCCUCGUCGAACAGGAAAUCCCCAGAAUGCUAGUCUCAAUAAGAACUCAUCUAACUCGAGGCCAUCAUCAGCCCUUGCAGUCAAACGCGAAGACAUUGAGGGUGACAUUUUCUCAAGUCCAUUUGCAUCACGGAGCAAAGGGCAUCCAACCGAGAUUAUCAAUGGGGUUACGCCCUCGAAACCAAACCUACCGAUUCGCGCUAAGCUAGAUAGUCCACGUCAACCAAAUAGUCCUGCAGCAUUCAACUCCAGACCCGAGCCCUUCAAAGUGAUGGAUUCAUUAAAUUCAUAUUUACCUCUACCAACAGCGUCGGCUAAUACUAGCCGAACCUCCACUCAUCCUAUCAAAUUCGGAGCUGCUGCAAGUACAUCCGAUUGGAAUUAUCGUUAUAUGUUUGAGAAAUUAUCGGAUCGAUCAGAUGUCCUCGAUCAAAAACUUGAAUACUUUAGCAACAUUUUGGCUGAUUGGCAUGGCAUUGAAGAAUGGUCCGAUCCUAGCGUUGUUAGUCAGGAAGAUAUCUGGGCAGUUGGAAGGAUCUGUGCAGAAACACAAGACACAAAGGUUUCCGACAAUGCUUGUUGGUUGGAAACUAGCCGAUUAGGUGGUUAUGGUAGACGAGUUUGGCUUAAAUGGGAUGAAGCCCUGAAGGUACACGGUGUUGGAUCUGGUGAAGGAGGCGUGGGUUUGUUUCCGGGAGCAAUUAUCGGUGUCAAAGGACGAAACGGCGGCGGCACUUACUUCAGUGUGCAAGAAAUUCUGACUAUGCCACCAGUAGAUCCUCCUACGACUCUUCCAACAAAACUGGUUGAAUACUUACCAUCUGUAGAAGAAACACCGAUCAAAUUUGCCAUUGCGUGUGGUCCUUUUACGACUGAUGACAAUCUAGACUUUCUACCGCUUGAUGCUCUGCUAACACAACUGGCCACGGAGCACCUAGACCUCGUUAUCUUGUUAGGUCCAUUUAUUGAUUCCAACCACCCACUCAUCAAGACUGGAGAUAUCGAUGAUACACCCAGUACACUCUUCCGAGAAAAGAUUGCGACUCGACUCAUCAAACUCCGAACUUCCUCACCACAAACCAGGAUCUACUUGAUUCCAUCAUUACGUGAUAUCAUCGCUCCACACGCGGCUUAUCCUCAGUCUCCCCUCAAUUUCAGAGACCCGGCAUUAGGUUUAACAUCUGAUAUCAAAUGCCUACCCAAUCCGAUCACAAUCACUAUCAAUGAAGUAGUGAUCGGUAUCAAUAAUGUAGAUGUCUUGAUGUCCAUCCGAAAAGAAGAAUUCUUCAAACCGGCACUUGUUCAGGACGAUGGCGAGUCCAACGAAGGACCCGAUCCUAAUGCUAGAGAUAUCAUCUCUCGAGCAUGUCGGCACGUCAUGAGGCAACGAAGCUUCUAUCCGCUAUUUCCAGCCACUUUGGGGGCUGGGAUUGACCAGGUGAACUUGGAUGUUACGCAUCACGAGCUAAUAAAAUACGAUCCCGUGGGCGCUGAUAUUUUAAUCAUGCCCACAAGCUUCACAGCUUUUGCAAAGAUCGUCGAUUCUACAGUGAUUGUAAACCCACGUCAAUUAUGUAAAGGACAAGGUACAGGUACAUAUGCUAGAUUUACGAUUCAUGGACCUGAGAAAACGAAUUUAGAAGCUGAGAUUUUAAGAGGAAAUGAAUCACCUGAUGAGAUUGAAGCUAUUGAACAUAAUAUAUGGGAAAGAUGUCGAGUUGAUUUAAUUAGAAUUUAAAAGUUUGUUUUUUGUUUUUUAUUUUUGUGGGACCUGUAGUUUUUUUUUAGGAUUUUUUGUUUUUUUUGUUUGAUUGCUUGAAGUCUGAAUGGAAUUGUUUAUUCCUGGAAGAAGUAUAAUAUCAGAUUCCCUUGAACAAGUGAUACUAGAGAAUGUAUAUAGAAUGGAUCAUACAAAUCUCUUGCUAGCAUUGGUAUCAGGAAAACAAUCCAACAAAUGUGCAGUAACCUCUCU